CAGAUUCAUGCACAAAAGUCGAAAAUAUAUUGAUGAUAGGUUAAGAAGUAUCAUCUUUUUUUCUUUAAGGAGGCUGCUACUCAAAAAGGAAAAUAAGAUAGGUGGAUUCAUUGACCUUAUUUACAAAUGCCUUGAUUUGGAUAUUCUCAAAAUCGAACACCUCGCUUCUCAAUUUAAACAAUGUCACCAUACUCGGUCGCCAUCUCUUUAAUUCCAAGUAAACUACUUAUCUAUCUCAUUUUGCAUCAUCAAACUCAAAUCUCUGAUUGUUAGAAUUGACUUCAUCCGGCAUUUAAGAUAAUCAUUCACUCUAUUUAGUAAAAAUGAAC